AUGGAUAAUACCCUUUUAUAAAGUGAAGUAUUUCGACUUUAAAAUUUGAAAAAUAUAAUCAGAGCAUUUCCAAACAAUAAUAAAUUAUAAUAAUUAUUGGUGGCUGAUGAUUAAGGAAAUUUGUAUUUAUUAGAAGCUAAUGGUGAUUAAUUGAAGAUUGAGAAUAAACAAUAAAUUUCUACAGGAAAAGAUAUAAAUUACUUUGAUUUAUUAAUUUCACCAGCAACUUAAGAGAAAGAUAGAAUAAUAGUGACAAGUGGUAGUCAAGUGUUAGGAUUAACAAAAAAAUUAAAAGAAUACUUAAAGCAUGAUACAUAUAGUGCUGAUUUGAUAUAAUUUGCAAUGAUAGAAGGUAAUUAAUUAUUUACUGCUGGAGAAUAUAUGUUGAAUGAAUUUACAUAUUAAAACGAUCGAGUUUCUUAACUAUGUUUUUUUUUAAGUCCUGGAAAAAUAAAUUGUUUAUAAGUGCAUUAUUUAUCAAGUAAAGCUCAUCCUAUAUUGGGAUGUUAGGAUUCAUGUGUAAGGAUUUUAAAUUAAGAUUAAGUUUUAUAUGUAAUAGCAAUGACUUCACCUGUUAUAUGUAUGCAUAUUUAUGCACCAUAAUAUAAAGAAAUUUCAAGUUAAAAUAGAAUCGAACAUAGAAGAUGUUUUAUAUUUGGAUUAGAAGAUGGAACUAUUGUAGCAGCUGAUCUUGGAAUUGAAAAAGCAAAUAUUCUAUUUACUUUUAAAGUUUCAAGUAUUGCUUAAAUUAAACCAUAUGAUUUCUUUAAAACAGGAAAAACUGAUCUAAUUAUUGCAAGAUAAGAUGGAAUUGUUGAAGUAUAUUAAGAUGAUGAAUUAAGAAUUUAAAAGAAAAUUAAUGAAGGUAUAACUAGUAUAGAUUGUGGAUAAUUUUUUAAUUUAAAUGGACCAACUGAAAUUAUUAUAUCAACUUUCUAAGGUAGAUUACUAUUAUUAAGAGAAGGAUAAAGUAAUUCUAUUUCAAAGAAUUAAAAAGAAAUUGAACUUUAAAUCAAACAAUUAAAAAUAGAAAUUGCAGACUUAUAAAAAUAAUAAAUUAAAGACACUUAAAAAAUUGGAAAUAAUAAUAGUAGAUAAAAUAAUAAUAACAAGGUAUAGGUUAAAUUUAAGGUUUCUCAUAAAUUGAUAAAAAAUGAUAAAGAUGGAACAUAUAAAUUAAUUAUUGAUUCAUAAUAUCCUAUUGAUAUGAUAGUAUUAAAUGGUUAAAAGAUUUAAAAGUGUUAUACUAUAAAGGAUCUUAAAGUAAGCAAUUAUGAAAUUCUUAUUACCUAAAAUGAUAUGUACAAUAUUUAUGUGAUACCAAUUGAUAUUAAUUCAAGUUAAAGUUUUGCUGUUAAUGUUAAGCCUUUGGGAUCUUAUUAGUCAAUUCAUUUAAUGUCAAUUAAGCAUUUACCUUUAAGUUCUUUGAAUUUGAAGGGAGAAUUCACAAAAUAAGAUAUGAUUAUGUGGUUAAAUGAUUUAACAGAUGUAAUAUUAUUUAUAAAUAAAUUAUAGUUAUAAAAUUCAUAGGAAGACACAUAAACUCAUUUGUUUAGAAAUGCAGCAUUAGAUAGUUAUCUUUAAAUCAAGUUUAAGUAGGGAUAAGCUUUAUUCAAAAGUGAUUCUAUAUCUGUUAUUUAUACUUGUAGAUAAUCAAUUAUGAAUAAAGCUAAUGAAAGAGCAAUAUAAGUGGAAGUUAAAUGGGAAUGUAAAAAUGAAAGUGUUGUAUAAUAUUUAUAAAAAAUCAAGACUUUAUAUGAUGAUUGUAUGAAGAUUAAAAAGUAAUAUUGUCUUAAUUUAGAAACUAUGAAAUUUUACCAGCAAUAAAAGAGCUUUUGAUUGAUAAUCAUUUUACCAUUUUAAGCAAAGAAUUUUAAUAAAUAUACUCAUCAGAAUAAGAGUUGUCAGAAAUUUAUAAAGAGUUGCCAAAUAAAAUAUAAUAUCUGGAAGAUUUACUUAUUGAUACAUACACUUCAAAAUGCAAUUUAAAGUCUUAAUUUGACAUGAAUAUUGAAAAUGUGAAAUCGUUAUGGAAAAGAGAUUUUUAAGAAUUAAUCUAAUAUAUAUUAAAAUGA